AUGCACGCGAGGCUAGAAGUGUUCUUUCCAAAUCUCAAUUCCAAAUAUCGGGCUGACAUAAACAAUGAGAUGAAGAAACUGCAACACGUUAAGUUCUUGGCGACCACGUACUACAAACAUGGGCAUGCACUAGGAUAUAUGUUCCACGCCUAUUUGGAUGUGGUAUGCACCGCUAUGGAGAACAUAAACCGUAAGUGUUCUUUUUGUUUACUGGUUGAAUCGUCCAGUUUUCCUAUAUCCCUGGUUGAUCAGUAUGCACGUCGAACUGCUAUUGAGAAGAUACGUCUUUAUCGUGUGAGAAAGGAAAAUCUUCGUGGACGAGUAACUCUGAGGGAGGGAAACUUUGUUUGUGGUAAGCAAGUCUGGCAUCCCAAUAACAACGAGGAAAAAUAUUCGGAUUGUGGAGACUCCAAAACAAAGAGAAUUUUA